AACAUUAUAGGAGUACAGUAUCAGUAACCAUACAGAAGAACCAUCGUGCCAGCUGACAACUGUGCUGUGUGUUGUGUUAGGUGGCACCACCGGCCGUCUACACACUCACUCGGUCAGUUGUGGUGCAGCUCUCCUCUUGUCAAAAAUGUUGUGCUACUUAAUCCUGGCCUUAGCAUUUGUAGGGGGUGUAUUUUCUGAAGGAGAAGGGGAAGAGAGAGCAAGAUUGUUAGCUGCAAAACGGGUCCAUAAUUUGUAUUUGGUGGAAGGAAGAGAUAUUGUUGUGCAGUAUUCUGUCCACAAUGUCGGUCAAGCUGCUGCAAUCAAUGUACAACUCACUGAUGCGGGAUUUAGCACUGAAGACUUUGACAUUGCUGGUGGUCAGCUGCAGGUGAAGUUUGAUCGGAUUGCUCCUAAUGCCAAUGUGUCUCAUACUGUAGUUGUGAAGCCUAAGAAGUAUGGUUACUUUAACUUCACAGCAGCAGAAGUGUCUUAUCAGCCAUCUGAGGAAUCAGCUGAGAUACAAAUUGGGUACACAUCUGAGCCUGGUGAAGGAGGAAUCAUUGCCUUCCGUGACUACGACAGAAAGUUCUCCCCUCAUGUUUUUGAUUGGAUGAUAUUUGCUCUGCUGAUGAUCCCUGCUCUCUUAGUUCCCUUCUUAAUGUGGUACAACAUCAAGUCAAAGUAUGCAACUGUCCCACGCAGUAAGAAGGGAAAGUCUGAUUAAUUGACAAACUGCAUAAUCUCCUUAAUUUAUUCAUGCUGGAGACAUUUUUGUUAUAGUAAAACAAAAAUCUAGUGUUGUAGGCUAUUUUGAAGAUGCUGAAAGCCAGGGCUAAGUACUGUAGUGUAUGUAUGAUAUUGGUUAAACAUGCUGGAGGUUAGCAACCUUAAAAUUUAGUCAUUGACAAAUUUGCAUUCCUAAGUUUUUGGAGGUUUGCCACUUCAUAAAAAUGUCUUAAAACUAUGACCAUACUUGGGAUCUUUGUAUUUGUCAUAUCUGUAUGAAUGUAAUUGAUGUAUAAUUUUUAGUGUGAUGAAUAUUGUUGAGUAUGAAAGUUGGAAUAUUGUUUUUUAAAGAAAUAAAGAAAAAAUACUA